UAUUUAAAAUUUGUAAAAAAUUGGGACGAACAGAAACAUGUUGAGUCAUUACAGCAAAGAGGUGCUCCUCAGACACUGGUCCUGGCGGAACUUUCAGUCCUGCCGACGAAACUUCAGCGAGAGCCCCACAGAGCCGCCGCCGUACCACUGGCACAAGCCCAUGGGCCAGCAUACGGACAUAAGAAUCUACAACAAUGGAAUGCGCCGGAAAGUUCCCCUUAUACUACGUAACCCGAACAUGGUCACCUGGUACACAUGCGGCCCAACAGUCUACGACUCUGCCCAUCUAGGCCAUGCCAGCACCUAUGUGAAGGUGGACAUCAUUCAACGCAUUCUACGUAACUAUUUCAAUAUAAAUCUCGUCACUGCCAUGAAUAUUACAGAUGUGGACGACAAAAUCAUUAGAAAAGCCCGCGAUUCCGGCUGCGAUUGGCUGGGAAUGGCCCGUACCUAUGAAGCCGAGUUUAAACAGGACAUGCUGCGUCUCAACGUCCAGCCACCGGACAUACGCACCCACGUCACAAGCAACAUGCCGGCGAUUGUGCAAUUCAUAGAAGAGCUCAUCAACGAUUCGCAUGCCUACGUGACGGAGGACAAUUCUGUGUACUUUGACGUGUCCAAGUAUCCACACUACGGCAAACUGCAGAGGCUGGGCAUGAGCACCGAAGAGAAGUCGGAUCUGUUUAAGCAGAACAGUGCGGACUUUGCUCUUUGGAAGGCCAAGAAGGAGGCUGAUGAGCCCAGUUGGGCGGCUCCUUGGGGUGGAGAGGGUCGCCCCGGCUGGCACAUUGAAUGCAGUGCCAUUGCCGGAUUCUUUUUCGGCCACAAACUGGAUUUUCAUGCUGGCGGCCUGGACCUAAGGUUCCCCCAUCACGAGAAUGAGGAGGCGCAAUGCUGUGUCCGCUACCAGACCGACCAAUGGGUAAACUACUGGAUGCACACGGGCCAGCUGUACAUAGCGGGGGACGAGCAGAAAAUGUCGAAAUCCCUGGGCAAUACCAUAUCCAUCAGCGAGAUGCUCCAGAGCUACACCUCCGACGAGUUUAGAAUGGCCUGUCUGUUGUCCAACUACCGCAACGCAAUGCCCUAUAGCGAGCAGUUGAUGCUGACCGCCCGUCAGACGCUGCAGCGUUUCAAGAACUUUCAGGCGGACCUCAGUGCCUAUACGCAGUUCCUCAAGCCGAUUCGGAAGCUGGAUGAGGGGGCCCUCAAGGCACAGAUCGCCCACAUGGUAACCGAGUUCGACAGCAGCUUGCGUGAUGACUUCGAUACGGCGCGUGGCGUCAGCGUGCUGAUCGAUCAGAUGACUAGCAUAAGUCGCUGCAUAAAUGAGCAGCAAGUGGAUGCCGAGGAAGAGCCAGCCUAUUGCCUGGAUCUCCUGACGGCAGCCGGCAACUACAUAAACCGGGCCAUGCUAACUUUUGGCAUUACCAAACUGACCGAGACGGAGAGCCUUUCACAGGAGAUACCAUUACCGACUGCGGGUGGGGCUGUGGACCCCGCUCUUUUGAUAGCGGACAUCCUGGCCAUACGCGGAAAACUGCGACGAGAAGCGAUAUCCGGGCAGCAGAAGAACAUUCCCCUGUUGGCCGCAUGCGACGAGCUGCGCAACCUGCUGGAACAACAUGGCAUCCAAAUACGUGACCAUAAAGAAGGCAGCUCUUGGGUCUACGCUUCUCGAGCCGCCGCCAGUGAACGCAAACAGUGAAAGCAUUUGGCUGUGCCAAAUGAAAACCCAAAAUGGAAAUGAGAGUGUUGUGUCUACGUCAUGGUUAUUAUUACAUAAAUUCAGAUCUGAGACUCAG